GACAGCUUCAAGAUUCCAACAAUUUGGAGCUCCUACCCAAUCACAAUUGUGAUCAUAUUCUACUAUGUAGCAGUACGUGCCAACUCAAAACUUCAAACGUUACAACUGAUGCUCGUUCGUUGUUCCCUAAGCUGUAGAAUCUACGCACUGCAAAUUUAUUUGCUUGCAAACUGAUAGUAGCCGCCACAGAGACUCCUGCCUUAAACUCGAGAGCUCAAACUGAGAUUUGCUUGAGGAGAGAAUGCGAGCUCUUUGGACACGCCAAAAUAGGUUCUCUCCUAUAUCCUCCAUUCCCCCAGAGAUCCUUGGUGCCAUUUUCGUUCAUCAUGCACAGCAGACGCAGUUACUUUAUGAACCUGAUCAACCCGCGUUUUUGUCAUGGCUUAACGUCGGACACAUUUGUCGCCACUGGCGCGAGGUUGCUCUCAGGACUCCGGAGUUAUGGGCUACUCCGUUUUUAAAUUUCUCAGAGGCUACGGAGGAGAUGCUCCUGAGAUCCAAAAUGGCUCCGUUGAACUUGAGAACCGGCCUGCGAUAUUGUGUGGUGUCCGUCCAAAGUGUGUUGGUGCACAUAGAGCGUUUGCAAGAGGUCUCUCUCUCGUUCUCUAAUGGUGAUAUAAGGCGCUGUAUCAUGGAAUUCCUCGACAAUGUAUCAUCUUGUUCCGCUCCCAAACUACGAUCGCUUUCUUUGAAACAAGAAUAUGCGCAAACACCACAGAUAGCAAUCCCGAUUUCUUUUCCCGCACCCAACCUUCGCAGCCUCCAAAUCAGGAACUUUGAUAUAUCAUGGACAUCUUCCGUCCUUACAGGACUCACUGUCCUUGUUAUCAAAAAAUUAUCACCGGAAUGCCUUCCGACUCUGGACGAGUUGAUCUCUGCGCUCCGUCGUAUGCCUGCUUUGCACACUCUCGAGUUAGAAGAUGCUCUCCCGACUCUUCCCCCCCAAACGAUGUCACUCCCUUGCACACCUCGUGCCCUGAAUGUUCAACUUCCUCACUUGAAACGAUUACUUUUGGUGGCGAAAUAUUUGGAAGUGGCCAACAUGUUGGCUCGCGUCGAGUUACCUGAUUCGACAAUGUUGGAAGUUCAACUCAGAUGCAGCGCAUCUUCGUCCAUGAAUCCGGAUCAAGAAUGGAAUUUGAGCCUCCCCAUUAUCUCUCGGGCCUUGGAAAGUUGCUUCAAAGCCACUCCGGCCAAGUCUCGCCGAGUUCCGCGUACCCUGCGACUAUUUGCCGUCACUCACAGAAUGCUUGUGCAAUAUAGCACAGUCUGGAACCCCUCGUGGGUUCCAGAUUUUUUUCCCGAUUCGCAGUGGACGGUCGUUCUUGACUUCCACUUUCCUCCUGAAAUAAGUCCGGCAAUACUUAGCGACUUGUGGCGCCUCGUCCCUUUCAGGGAUCUCGAGGCCUUGUACAUCGAAGUUUUUUUCACUUGCUGGGAUGGUUUUUGGACUGAUUUUCUUGGCCACGGCGCUGCUCACAAUCUUGCAAACAUAUACUUGCAAGGAACCCGCGAGCUUUUUGAAGAUCUUAUCAUAUCCCUACGCUCACAGAGGCACAGUUUAGCGCGGUCUGUAGUCGGGUGUUCACAAAAAGGACAAUUUUUUGCUCCAGCACUUUCCCAUCUCUUCCUUGACAGCGUGGAGUUCGACCCCUCCUUUUCGUCCUUUAGGCGGAUCUCUGACUUCUUCGACGUGCUCGUCGAUCGUGCCAACGAAGGUCGGGGACUAGACCGCCUUACAAUCACUAGAUGUAUGGGUAUCAGUGCCCACGACGUGCGGUUGUUACGAGAAGUGGUAGCCGACCUUUACUGGGAUGAAUGACAGUCUCAUCGGUUAUGCCUGUGACUUAUUCAAAGACGACGACGACAAUUACGAUGAUGGAGACCUCUACUAUGGAGAAACAUACGUGAAACAGACGGAUACGAUUGAGCCGCAUCAGCGGGUUGGAUUGUGCUACAGAAUGCUACAGAGCGCUCUGUAGCACUCUGUAGUGAAUUGAUGCCGGUCGUUCAGAAGCCAGGACUUUUCCUCACUUUCGCACGACUAUGAUACCUCCUACGCGAAUUACGCUCGCUUUGAACACUGUUUGUACUGUAUACACUCGGUACGCAAUGUUGUUAGUAUAACAGUGGGGUGUUUAUUUCUCGUACUUGCUACGUAUGACAAUGUAUUCUCAACUCUGCAUGUACACAUCUAUUCAUACAUUGUCAUAUCUCAUCAUUAAAUCAUAAAACGUUUGAACACCAGCGUCCCAUAAAUACGACCAGCACACCAGGUCUACAAUAUAUAAACCAG